AUGCUCUUCUUGUUCUACAUCAAGUACGGAAAGCCUCAACUGCAAAUUUGGAGCUUGCAGAAGUUGGUUGCAGUCAAAGUUUAUGCAGUUUUUCUGGCUGAAAACUUCACAAAUGUCAGUCUUAAAGGUUUCAAAGGAUUAAGUCGUACCGAAGUUGAGUUCACUCUUGCGUAUCUUCCAUGUAUGAAUCCGAAUGACUGGAUUUCUCUAUUUCUGAUUUUAUCUAAGUAUGAACAGAAGUACGAACCAAUGAUUGCUCACUUGAAAAGAAUGUUGAUUUGCUACAUUCACGAAGUGGCAAAGAUGGAUGUAGAAGUUGCUGCUGAUUUGAAGAAGAAGACUGUUGUGAAUACAGAACUGUCACACCCCGAAAUCAGACGCGGAAACGUUCCGGGGUGGACUCCACGUUGA